GCUAUUUAGAAGAGACCCCUCCCCCCUCCCUCUGUUCACCUCACCACCACUGAGAGCUGAGGCGUUUCUUUGUAGGCUCUUCUCCUACAAUGUGUAUUACAAGCUCCCGCUUCUUGCUCGUCACCCUUGUAGCCUUGGCGAUUGCCUUGCCGCUAGGCGUCGCGGCAUGGCGCCCGUGGCCGCACCACUUCCUUGGCAACGCCACAGCCAACACCAUGAGCGUCGGUGGCGGUGGGAGCGGAACCACCGCCGCCGCCGCCGCUGCGGGAAUCGGGGCGUCGAAGAAGUACGAGGGGUCGUCGGAAUUCGUGAAGCUGCGUUACCACAUGGGCCCCGUGCUCGCCGCCAACAUCACCGUCCACCCCAUCUGGUACGGAGCGUGGGCGCCCGCCCAGAAGCACAUCCUCCGCGCCUUCCUUCGCUCCAUAUCCGCCCCUUCCGCCCCCCACCCCUCCGUCGCUGCCUGGUGGCGCACCGUCCGGUUGUACACCGACCAGACCGGUGCCAACGUCUCCGCCACAGUGUUCCUCGGUGCCGAGCGGUCCGAUCGCCGCUACUCCCACGGCCGCGCCCUCUCCCGCCUCGCUAUCCAGUCCGUCAUCCGCGACGCCGUGAACUCCCCCCGCCGUCCCCUCCCCGUCAACCCCCGGGGUGGCCUCUACCUCGUCCUCACCUCCUCGGACGUCGCCGUCCAAGACUUCUGCGUCCAGGUUUGCGGUUUCCACUACUUCACCUUCCCGGCCAUCGUUGGCUACACUCUCCCCUACGCCUGGAUCGGCAACUCCGCCACCCAGUGCCCCGGGAUCUGUGCCUACCCUUUCGCCGUGCCGCCAUUCGCCCUCGGGCCGCGGACGGCAGACCGCCCGCCCAACGGCGACGUCGGGGUCGACGGCAUGGUCAGCGUGGUGGCCCACGAGCUAGCGGAGAUGGCGUCCAACCCCCUGAUCAACGCGUGGUACGCCGGGGAGGACCCCUGCUUCCCCACCGAGAUCGCUGACCUCUGCGAGGGCAUCUACGGCACCGGCGGGGGCGGGGCCUACACGGGUCAGAUGCUGCUCGACGGCCACAGCGGCGCCACCUACAACAUGAACGGGCUGGGCGGCCGCAAGUUUUUGGUGCAGUGGAUUUGGAAUCCCUACUUGAGCUACUGUAGCGGACCCAACGCACUCGAUCACUAGCCGUCUUAUUCCACUCUUCAUUAAUAUUUAGCAGCAGCAGUAGCCAGCCAUCACGCACUAAAAGAAGAGAGAACAGAAAACCAGUGAAAGAAGAUCUCUUGUUUCUUGUUUGUGUGCAUGAUGUCUGAGGCUGCUUCAAGGCCCUCUACUUAUCUAUCUAGCUAAAUAAGAAGAGAGGGUAGGGCUGAAGAGGAAGAAGAAGUAAGCUAGUAGUUCUUGUGAAGUGUGUGUACAGAGAGAGAGAGAGAGAGAGAGAGAGAGGUGGGAGCGCGGCAGGCCCACGCUCUUGAUGUUGCUGUUGGUGAUUAUAAUGUCUUGGGGUUUAGUGA